AUGAAUCCUCUCUGCUGCAUUGCUCCGGUUUCAAUCGACGACCGAACCAACCCCGUGGUGGCGAAAUCGGCGGCGAAUCAACAGUCUCAGCUAAGUCUCCAAGCUCUCUCAGCUGCGAAACCGAGCAGCAACCACGCUUCUAAGCCGUCCUUCUCGACUCAAGCCUCAUGGAUCAGCCAGGAUCAGCUCGAGAGACUCUCUUCCGAAGUCGCAGCACCUUCCGACGACGUGAAUCUCGAAGCUUCUUCAAAAGGAGGUUUCUUCAUCGGAAAUGGCGUCGGUGCCGGCGGCGGAAUCGCCGGGAUCAUGUAUAAGUGGGUGAACUAUGGGAAAGGGUGGAGAGCCAGAUGGUUCGAGCUGGAAGACGGCGUUUUGUCGUAUUAUAAGAUCCAUGGACCGGAUAAGAUCGUGAUGAAUCCGUCAAGAGAGAAAGGCGUUAGAGUGAUCGGAGAGGAGUCUGUGAGGUACAUUAGGAAGGCUAGCUGCGGCAGCAGCAACCGUCUUGGAGCUUCUGCAGCAGCUCCAAGGCCUUGUAAACCAUUCGGAGAAGUUCAUUUGAAGGUUUCUUCGAUUCGUGCGAGCAAGUCUGAUGACAAAAGGCUUGCUAUAUUUACGGGUACAAAGACUCUUCAUUUACGUUGUGUGUCGAGAGAGAGUAGAGCAACCUGGGUAGAGGCAUUGCAGGUGGCCAAGGAUCUCUUUCCUAGAGUGCCCAGCGGAGACAUCUUACCCUCAGAAGAUGCGGUUGUUUCGACUGAGAAGUUGCGAGAAAGGUUACUGCAGGAAGGGAUCAGUGAGACGGUGGUAAAAGAUUGUGAAACCAUUAUGCUCUCGGAAGUUUCUGUGCUGCAGAACCGGUUUAAAGUUCUCUCGCAUAAACACAUUAUACUACUAGAUACACUGAGACAACUAGAGACUGAGAAAAUAGAGCUGGAGACUACUGUUGUUGAUGAAACAAAGGAGCAUGACUCUUGCUGUGGACAGGGAAGACGAUUUAGUGAUUUCUAUUCAGUUAUGUCAGAGGUAUCUGUAAGCGAUUCUGAGGCAGAUAACGAAAGUCAAGACGGAGGAGAUGCUGAAUCUGAUGAAGACGAUGUACCUUUCUUUGAUACAAGUGAUAUCCUAUCAGCCGAAGCACUGAGAAGUGCUUCUUAUCGUAGCAGAGAAGCAGAAGGAAAUGGAUCUGUUUACGACAAAGACCCCUUCUUUUCUGACCGCUUGCAAGUUCCGGUUAGGAUUCCGCAGUAUCCAUAUGUCAGAAGAAGGGAUAAUCUACCGGAGCCAAAGGAGAAAGAGAAGCCAGUUGGAUUGUGGUCAAUCAUCAAAGAAAACAUUGGCAAAGACUUGUCUGGAGUUUGUCUUCCCGUAUACUUUAACGAGCCACUCUCUUCUCUGCAGAAGUGCUUUGAAGAUUUGGAGUACUCAUACUUGAUAGACAGAGCACUUGAGUGGGGCAAACAGGGCAAUGAGUUGAUGAGGCUUCUCAACAUUGCAGCUUUCGCUGUAUCUGGCUAUGCGUCAACGGAAGGAAGACAAUGCAAGCCUUUUAAUCCUCUUCUUGGUGAGACUUAUGAAGCUGAUUACCCAGAUAAAGGACUUCGUUUUUUUUCUGAGAAGGUGAGUCAUCACCCGAUGAUUGUUGCUUGCCAUUGUGAGGGACAAGGUUGGAAUUUCUGGGGAGACUCAAACAUCAAAGGAAAAUUCUGGGGAAGGUCAAUCCAGCUUGACCCAGUGGGUGUCUUGACACUAAAGUUUGAUGAUGGUGAGAUAUAUCAAUGGAGCAAGGUUACCACUUCCAUAUACAACAUCAUCCUCGGCAAACUUUACUGCGAUCACUAUGGAACUAUGCGCAUCAAAGGCGGUGGCAAUUAUUCCUGCAGGCUGAAGUUCAAGGAGCAAUCAGUCAUAGAUCGAAACCCUCGCCAGGUUCAUGGAUUUGUGCAAGACAAUAGAACAGGGGAGAAAGUAGCUAUAUUGAUAGGGAAAUGGGAUGAAGCAAUGUACUACGUGUUGGGAGAUCCGACAACAAAGCCAAAGGGGUAUGAUCCGAUGACAGAAGCUGUGUUACUGUGGGAAAGAGACAAAUCUCCUACAAAGACAAGAUACAAUCUGUCCCCAUUUGCAAUCUCUCUUAAUGAGAUAACUCCUGGGAUGAUGGACAAACUGCCUCCAACAGAUUCAAGACUGAGACCAGACCAAAGACACUUGGAAAACGGUGAAUAUGAAUCAGCAAACGCCGAGAAACUGAGACUUGAACAGUUACAGAGACAGGCAAGGAGGCUGCAGGAGAAAGGAUGGAAACCGAGAUGGUUCGAAAAGGACGAAGAAGGGAACUAUAGGUAUGUAGGAGGUUACUGGGAAGCAAGAGAGAAGAAAGAUUGGGAUACAAUCACUGACAUUUUCAAGAAGCAGCAGCGUAACACCAAGCUUUCAUCUUCAUCUACAUUUCUUUGA